CGGCGGUGGCGGCGCCGUCCCGCCGCCGCUAUGAACGAGGCCGUGGUGCGGCUCACGCAGGAGUCCUUGGGCCGGGUGAUCCGCAAGCCGCCGCUCACCGACCGGCUGCUCAGUAAGCCGCCCUUCCGCUACCUGCACGACGUGAUCACCGAGGUAAUUAGAGUGACAGGCUUUAUGAAAGGACUUUACACGGAUUUUGAGUUGAAAUCAGAUAACGUUAAGGAUAAAGAUGCCAAAAUCAGCUUCCUUCAGAAGGCAAUUGAUGCUGUUGUGAUGGUUACAGGAGAGCCACUGUCAGUGAAACCAGCGCGUGUUGUGGCUGGGCAUGAACCUGAGAAAACCAAUGAAUUUCUUCAGGCAAUUGGGAAGUGUUGCUUAAAUAAGCUGUCCAGUGAUGCUGCUGUUAAAAGGAUCUUAGCUGGAGAAAAAGCUGAUGCUAAAGAGAAACCUCCCACCUCUAAGUCUCGAGAGAAAGAAAGCAGAGAAUCCAAAUCAGAGGUGCGAAAGAGCCAUAGAGAUAAAGAGAGUAGAGGAGGUUCUGAAAUUAAAGACAGAAGCUCAAGUGGAGGCAGAAGAGCCAAAGGAGACUUGAAAGAGAGUGAAGGAAGGGAAAAGGAAAGCAAUAAGCAUAAGGAUAAUGAAGACAGACACAAAGACCAUGAAAGAGACACGUUUAAGGAAGGAGAAAAACAAGAAAGGGAAAGAAGCAGAACAACCAAGAAAGGAAGAGAAACAGAAAAACACAGGAGCAGAGGAGACAUAGAACAAGAAGAUGAACUCAAGCAUGAUAAAGGACAGGAAAGAGAGAAAAAAUAUGAAGGAGCAAGAGAAAAGGACACACUGAAAGGAAGAGACAAAGAUAAGGCUAGGGACAGAGAACGGGAGAAAGACAGAGAGAGAGGGAAAGAUCGGGAAAGGGAUAGAAAAAGGGACAGAGAAAAAGAUGUAGAGCGCUUAAGAGAACAUGGAAAUGAUAAAGCAGAGAAAAAGUCUGCAGAUGCUGAGGAAUCCACACAUAGAAAACCACAGAGGCCAACUGAAGACGGCACGUGCCAACUUGAGAAUGAAAAUUCUUCAGGAAUCUCAAGGCAGCCUUCAACAAAAGGAGCAAGGCAACACGCCAGACCCAGAGGAGAAGAAGCUGUGGAAAUGAAGGGCGUGGCAGAUAGGAUUUCAGAGGACAGUGUUGCUAAACUGCAAGAGCAAGCUGAACCAGGACUUGAAGAGAAAGAAGAAGUGGAGGAUGUGGCUCCUGAGAAGCCUGCAGAAAAUGGUGAAGUACCUCUUGACCUUCCACCUCAGCCCAUCCAAAGGCGAAUUCCCCGUCCUGGCAGUGCAAGACCAGCACCACCCAGAGUGAAACGUCCAGAAAGCGCUGAGCUCUUACCUCCAGAAAGGAGUGGUAGUGGUAAAACAGUCUCAAACGUCAUCAUAGACCAGCAGAUUUCUGAUGAUGAUGAUGACCAGUUUGUGGUGGAGGCAGCACUGCCACUGCCCGAAGUGCCACAUAUGGAAAUGGAGCCAGAAGUGGAGCUGGUUGAGGAUCAAAAGCAUGGUGGGCUUGUAAAAAGACUCCUGGAAACAAAGAAGGAUUAUGAAGCAUCACAGAUAUCCUCAAAGACGACAGAGAGGGAGAAGCCCUUUGUGUCAGAAGCAGCCAGGAAAAGAGAGAGAGACUUGGUAGCCAAAGAAAUUGAGAAGUUUCAGGUCUCUAUUCAGACUCUGUGCAGGAGUGCUCUGACACUUGGCAGGAUCAUGGAUUACAUCCAGGAAGAUAUGGAUGCCAUGAAGAACGAGUUGCAGAUGUGGCGGCAGGAGAACAGGCAGCACGCAGAAACUCUACAGAAGGAGCAGAGCAUCACAGACAGCGCUGUUGAACCAUUAAAAGCUGAUCUGGCUGAACUGGACCAGUUGAUUAAAGACCAGCAAGACAAGAUAUGUGCUGUAAAAGCUAAUAUUAUAAAGAAUGAAGAGAAAAUCCGGAGGAUGGUUCUUAACAUAAACCUGUCUUCCAAAAGGUGAAGAACUGGAAUUGACUGACAUUGCUACCAAAUAAAAACCAAAUAGCAGAAAAAAUGAAGAUAUCUGUUGUUGAGAUAUAAAAUGUUUAGGGACCCAAAGCCUAAAACUUGUAUAAAAGCCCAUUAUUGCAUUGAUCUUUAGAAGUUGAUAUUACUUGGGAUAGAAUGAUAUUCAUUUGAAUGCUCAAGUUGUAGAGCUAUUAAAAUAACUUGUUUGUUUAAAUGUGAACUGCUGUUACUCACCAGGUCCUCACAGCCCUUUUUCCCCUCCCUGGCCUGUUGAGCACAGUUUCUGAGCCACUUCUCUUUCCAUCUCCUUUUCAUUGCCACUGAGGUUCCUGUUGAACGCGCUGUCAUGAUACUAAUUUUGCCCCCUUAAAAAGUCAUGAAAUCAUAACCUCAUAGAAUACCAGGUUGGAAGGGACCUCAAGGAUCAUCUGGUCCAACCUUCUCUUUAUAGUUUGAAUGUAUAUAUUUGAUCAGAAGUUGGAAACAACCAGUCUCCUGCAGGUCAGAAGGUUCCUGGAUCCUGUUUGUUAUAAAGAGGGAAGAUUAUCUACAAACCAAAGAUCAAGAAGUAAAGCCUUGUGUAACCUACACUUCUUUGCAUCAUUACAGAAAUGGUGUCAUGUGUUCAGAGCCAUUGGGAAUCUUACUGGGAACAACUGAAAAUGCAAUCCAUGCAUCACUGUGUAAGGGAGCAGAAGUAUUUUAUCUGCACAGGUGUUAAUUCCAUUUUUAUUGCAUCUGUUCAUUUGGAAAGGAUUAAUUUAAGUGCCUCUUUCCUCCCAGAUGCAUGUUUCUGUAACAUUUUGUAUGUGAAUAAUUCCACUAAUUUAUUUUACUCAA